UAAAUCCAAACCGAACCCCACGAGCACACGCCCCCUCCCGAAUCCGCACGAGUCCCGUGCUCACCGCUCAAAACCCUCCCCCUCCUCCUCCCCCUCCGGCGGCGGCGGGGCUUCUUCUCCGGCGAGGCCUCCUCCUCUACACCUCAGGAAAGUAUGGAUGUACCUGUUGAGGACCCUGUGGAGAAUAACCUGGCUGGAACUACUCCUACCCGUGGCAACGAGGAACAAGCCAAUCCUUAUGCUAAUGUGCAAGAGAAGUUCGAUGAAGAACCAGAAAAGCCGUAUGAUGGGGAAUCCAAAGACCCAACGCCUGAUGAGUUGGGGAACUCCGAGCAUGCAGACGUGAACAAUGAAGUUGCGGGGGAUCUGAACAAAGAGGACCAAGCUACCCCCAUGCAGCAGGAGCCUGCAAAUGUCUAUGUUGAGGAAGCUGGGACAAAGCAGCAGGGUAAUGUGGUGCCUGAUGAACAGAAAUGGCCUGGGUGGCCUGGAGAAAUCGUGUUCCGUAUACUGGUUCCUGUCACGAAGGUGGGUGCUGUCAUUGGGCGAAAAGGAGAUUUCAUCAAGAAAAUGUGCGAGGAAUCCAAAGCUCGCAUUAAGGUUCUCGAGGGCCCACAAGGCGUGCCAGAAAGAGCUGUAAUGAUUUCAGCAAAGGAUGAACCAGAUGUGGUGCUACCUCCAGCUGUUGAUGGGUUGCUUAGAGUUCAUAAAAGGAUAACUGAUGGUUUAGAUGUUGAAACCGAUCAGCCUCAACGAGGCACUGCCACCGCUGGGCCUACAAGGCUACUGGUUCCAGCUUCCCAAGCUGGAAGCCUGAUUGGCAAGCAAGGAGGAACUAUUAAAUCCAUACAAGACGCUUCAAAGUGUGCUCUCCGAAUUCUUGAGAAUGUUCCUCCUGUGGCAUUAAAUGAUGAUAGAGUUGUUGAGAUACAGGGUGAACCUCUUGAUGUUCACAAAGCAGUGGAGCUGAUUGCAAGUCAUUUGAGAAAAUUUCUUGUUGACCGCAGUGUUCUCCCUUUGUUUGAAUCCCAGAUGAAAGCAUACAAUGUGCACAGAGAGCAACCUAUGCCACCUCCGCAGCCAUGGGGUCCCCCUCCACCCUCACCCUGGGGUCAUCCACCAAACCUUCCUCCUGGUGGCCCAGGUUAUGUUGGGAAUCCACAAUACAUGCCUCCACGGCCUCAAGACAACUAUUAUCCUCCUCCUGAUAUGCCCCCUGUAGAAAAGCAACCACACUAUGGAAUUUCUUCAUAUGGACGCGAUGCACCUCCAAGUGCUCCCUCAGGGAAUCAGCACCAAGCACAUGGGUCUUCUCAGGUGACACACAGCAUGCAAGUUCCCCUUUCCUAUGCGGAUGCUGUGAUUGGAGCAGCUGGUGCCAGCAUUAGCUACAUCCGCAGGCAUAGUGGCGCAACCAUAAGUAUUCAAGAAGGCGCUCCUGGGGAGAUGACAGUGGAGAUAACAGGAAGUGCCUCACAAGUACAAACUGCUCAACAGCUGAUCAAGAAUUUCAUGGCUGAAGCUUCUCCCCAGGGCCCGCCAGCUCCCGCUCAAUCAGGUGACACGGGCUACAGCUCUUCUUACCCACCAUACGCGGAGCAUCAUACGGAUCUCCUCCAGGCAGCACAGCUCCAGGCCCACACAAUGGAGGAAGCUAUGGUGCUGCACCGUAUCCACCGAGUUACGGAUACUAAUCUGUUGGAAAACCUGGUUUCCUAGUUGCGGAUCUUGGGGAAAUGGGGCAUUCUGGUUUUGUUUGCUAGUCGCCUAGUCUGUUCAUCUGUUGAGAACUCGAGGUCGUUAGGAUUUCUGAACUAGCUUUUGGUGUUGUAAGCUGCUUUCUGUUCCCAAUGUCGAUUGUCUUAUGCGCGUACGCUCUUUCAUUGCUCCGUGGUUGCGUGAACUUACCAUUAACAUAGUACUCCCUCCUAAA